UUCAUCAUUUUUGUCGCAUUCGCGUGAAACCGCAGUCACAGCUAACUUUUCUAUUGUCUUCUCGCUAUAAGACAAAUAAUUUAAUUUUUUAUUUAUUUUAAUUAUCGUUACGUCAAAUCUUUUUGGAUUUGUUAUUAUUGUUGUUUCUUUUUUUUCUGAAAGAUAAAUAUUAAAUAAAAUCCUAUCAAAAUGUGUGACGAUGAAACAUCAGCUCUUGUAGUUGACAAUGGAUCCGGUAUGUGCAAGGCCGGUUUCGCUGGUGAUGAUGCACCACGUGCUGUAUUUCCAUCAAUUGUUGGCCGUCCACGCCAUCAAGGUGUUAUGGUUGGUAUGGGUCAAAAAGAUUGUUAUGUUGGUGAUGAAGCACAAUCAAAACGUGGUAUUUUAACUUUGAAAUAUCCAAUUGAACAUGGUAUCAUUACAAAUUGGGAUGAUAUGGAAAAAAUUUGGCAUCAUACCUUCUAUAAUGAAUUACGUAUUGCCCCAGAAGAACAUCCAGUUUUAUUAACAGAAGCACCAUUAAAUCCAAAAGCUAACCGUGAAAAAAUGACACAAAUUAUGUUUGAAACAUUUAAUUCACCAGCUAUGUAUGUUGCUAUUCAAGCUGUUUUGUCUUUAUACGCUUCCGGUCGUACAACUGGUAUUGUAUUAGAUUCCGGUGAUGGUGUCUCACAUACUGUACCAAUUUAUGAAGGUUAUGCUUUACCACAUGCCAUCUUACGUUUAGAUUUGGCUGGUCGUGAUUUAACCGAUUAUUUAAUGAAAAUUUUAACUGAAAGAGGUUAUUCAUUCACAACAACAGCUGAAAGAGAAAUCGUAAGAGAUAUUAAAGAAAAGUUAUGUUAUGUUGCAUUGGAUUUCGAACAAGAAAUGGCAACUGCUUCCGCAUCAACAUCAUUAGAAAAAUCAUAUGAAUUACCUGAUGGUCAAGUUAUUACCAUUGGUAACGAAAGAUUUAGAUGCCCAGAAUCUUUGUUCCAACCAUCAUUCUUGGGAAUGGAAUCAUGUGGUAUUCAUGAAACAGUUUAUCAAUCAAUUAUGAAAUGCGAUGUUGAUAUUAGAAAGGACUUGUAUGCCAACAAUGUAUUAUCUGGUGGUACCACAAUGUACCCAGGUAUUGCUGAUCGUAUGCAAAAAGAAAUUACUGCUUUAGCCCCAUCAACUAUCAAAAUCAAAAUUAUUGCUCCACCAGAACGUAAAUACUCUGUAUGGAUUGGUGGUUCUAUUUUGGCCUCAUUGUCCACUUUCCAAACUAUGUGGAUUUCAAAACAAGAAUAUGAUGAAUCCGGUCCCGGAAUUGUUCACCGUAAAUGCUUCUAAAUUAAUUAAAUACAUACUACCAAUAAUAAACGCUGCAAACACCGCCAACGACAACACAUUUCAGUGUUGCCAUAUUAAAAUAUGUCUUAGGAGAUAUUGAAAUUUUUAAAUUGUUUUUUUUUUAUACAUACGAGGAAAAAUUAAUGAAAUUUUUUAAUUUUUAUUUUGUAAAUGGUUUUUUUUUUUUGUAAAUUAGAGUAAAAUGUAGAGAAAACAAAGACAGCAAAAAAAUUAAAAAAAAAAAGAAAAGAAAAAUAGAAUAAACGAAAUUUUAAAUCAAAUUUUUAAUUAAAGAAAAGUAGAAAAAUAAAAAAGAA